CUUGCUAAACCCUUGAAACCAAAUAAGUCUCUCCCUCAACUCGGUUAUCAACCACCGGCUGCUCUUCCUGUCGUCAAACCGAGAAGAAGGAACCAUUAGAGAGAUAAAAUAUGGGGAAUAAGAGAAGAAGAGAGAGAAAUGUAAAUCCACAGCCAUUCCUCGCUACCGAAGAAUCCAUGGCUGUUUCUAGAAACCGUUCUAGACCUCCCAAGCGUCACCAAGAACAUGAGCAGAUGAUUCUGAAUAAAUUGAGCGAUAAAAUUCUCAAGGAAGCUUUCAAACAGCAAAAGGAAAUUGUAGAUGAGCAAAACGAUGAGCUUAACGUUGAUGGUAUCAGAUUUUAUGCUGUUCAAGUUUCUGCUUCUCGGGAUAAUUCGGAGAACAUUGAUGAUUUUGCUGGGUUUUCUGAAACUCGAAGCCAAUUUGAUGAUUAUGAGGAUCAGAUAAAUGAAGAGGAUGAAAAAUUGCUGGAGGCUUUUUUGUCAAAAGAUGUAGGACCACAGCCCACACUGGGCGAUGUUAUUGCUGCUCGUAUCAAAGAGCAGGAUAUUAAUAUGUCAUCCGAAGCCAGACCCACACCUAAAUUGGAUUCAAGUGUUAUAGAGCAUUACAAGGCGAUGGGGAAGCUUUUAAGCACUUAUACAUCUGGAAAGUUGCCAAAAGGAUUUAAACAUAUCCCUGCUAUGUCUUGUUGGGAGGAGGUUCUAUAUUUAACUGAACCUGAGAAAUGGUCUCCUGCCGCUGUAUACCAAGCAACUAGAAUUUUUGCAUCAAACAUGAAUAGUAAAAGGGCUGAAAGGUUUUACAAGCUCGUGCUUCUACCUCGAGUGAGGGAAGACAUUAGGAAACAUAAAAGGUUGCAUUUUGAAUUAUUUCAAACAUUGAAGAAAGCUCUCUACAAACCUGCUGCUUUCAAUAAAGGGAUCCUAUUUCCCCUUUUUAAGUCUGGGAAUUGUAAUCUCCGCGAAGCAGUCAUCGUGGGUAGUGUUGUUCAAAAAAUGUCCAUUCCUAGAGAUCAUUCAAGUGUAGCGCUAUUGAGGCUAGCUGAGAUGGAUUAUUGUGGGACUACAAGCUAUAUAAUCAAGCUCUUUAUUGACAAGAAGCAUGCUUUGCCUCAUCGUGUGCUUGAUGCUUUGGUUACUCAUUUCAUGAGAUUCCUAGAUGACUCAAGGGUAAUGCCUGUUAUCUGGCAUCAAACUCUUCUUGCUUUUGUUCAAAGGUACAGACAUGAUUUACGGAAGGAAGAUAAAGAUAAUCUUAAUCAAUUAAUGCAAAAACAAAGGCACUAUUUGGUUACACCUGAAAUUCUAAGAGAGCUGAACCUUAGCCGUAAUCGUGGUGAAAAAGAUCAUGACAAUAUGCUGAUGUCAUCAGUAUCUGUUAUCAAUAAAACAGUUGAAGAGGAUAGAUUUGAUAUUCCGGAGGUGCCAAUGGAAGAGGAUGAUUAACUCAGCUGGCAAGUAAAAAUCAAUUUCGUCACCAUGUCUCGAUCACCACUGGAAUUUCUGAUUGGAUUCAGAAUUAUUUGUGCUAUCGGGUUUAUUUACCUUAUUCGUUCUUGAUUGGGUAGUUUGCGAUGCCUUGUAUUAUGCGCUUCAGUCAUUUAGAGAUCACAAACGGGUAAUUUUCCAGUUGAAAUUGUACAAAUAGCAGUGUUGUUUUUCGUCAGCAUUGAGAUUUUGUCGCGGCAUAAGUUUUUCUGUCUGUUGGUGAACGUUUCUUUCUACCAAGUAUUCCAGUUUUGUUUGCCAUUUUGGUGGGCAAAACAUUCUAUGUUCCGGGCUUCCAGCUUCGUCGGUUUUGGAAUUGUUUUUUAUACACAGGUAAUUUGAUUCGGUUCAAAUAUGCAACAAUUCAACCGCCCUCCUGAGAUAGAAUUACUUAUUCAUCUUAUUUUGAGAUAAAAUGUUAGGCUCCGCAAGUAACUAAAUACGGAGGAAGUGUCAUUUUUGUUUUGAGGAGUUUUUAAAAUUUUUAUACACUUAUAUUUCAACUUAGUUGGCUUCUUUAAACGAAAUUAAUGGGCUAAUAAUUUAUCAUUUAUAUUGCA